CCCCUGAAGGUGGUGAACCGGAAGCGCCCGCCGAGGGACGAGUGGAACAACUACAGCUCGCCGGGGGACCAGGAGGGCGACGGGCCCUCUCAGGAGGUGGAGCGGGACAUUUGUAUCAAGGUAAUGGGGUCAGCCGGAGUCAUCCGUCAGAACGGUUCGCUGUAAGCCGAUCUAAUCCAGAACAAGAUGGGAUUUUUAUCAAAACUGUCAGCAAAGAUGUGAUCUGUUCCAGAAUCCUCAAAACCUUCAGUGUUUUAACUCUUCUUAAAGGUCAGCUUGUGGAAAUAUCAAACACAGCGCAGUUUCCCUCCAGGUCUCAGAUCACAAUCAAAACCCAGAAUGACCUUUUAAAGAUUUCUUUGAAUAAAAAAACAACAAAAGCCCUUAAAUGUGUGAUGAUUUGGUUCUAUUCUAUCAUUUAACUGUGUAGCAUUUUUUACUCAUUAACAGGACACAAGGUGUAAA